AUGGCCACUGGCCCAAAGACUGGGAAGUUGACCCUGCGGAUGACCCAUUUUGCCACCUACUUCCCCAGAAUUCUGAAGCAGUCUCAGGAAGGCCUAGCCCUCUUGCAGGAGGCCAUGAGCGUCAUGGUUUCACUCCUUACCGACAUCUUGGAACGCAUCGUCGGAGUGGCCUCUCGCCUGGCCCACUCCACCAAGCACUCCACCAUCACCUCCAAGGAGAUCCAGAGAGCCAUGCGCCUGCUCCUGCUCAGGGAGUUUGGCAAGCAGGUGGUGUCCGAGGCCACCAAGGCCGUCAUCAGGUACACCAGAUGA